AAUCACCAGGGAAUGAUGCACUUGCGUCUAGCUGAGAUGGGGAAGGCCAAGGCCAACAGGACCGGGUGGGGGUGGGAGGCAAGCUGCAGUGACGAAGUCGGGGCGGUGAGUUUCGCCCCUGGCCCGUGCUGUCCUCAGCGUCUGGAGGCUAAUGCCACGCUCCCAGCCCGCCGCCAGUCGCAGGAGGGGCCUCCCCGGACCCAGGGAGGGCCGGCCGAGUCACGUGGCCGCGAGCGGGCGCCCCCUGGCGCGGGAAACGGAGAGACGGCGGCGGCGGCGAGGAUGGCGGCGGCGGAGGCCGGAGCGCGGGAAUGCGGGGAGCCGGGCCAGGGGGGCCGCCAGGCCCUGUACUUCUGCGGGAGCAUCCGCGGCGGACGCGAGGACUGGGCGCUGUACGAACGGAUCGUGUCUCGGCUGCGGCGCUUCGGGGCGGUGCUCACGGAGCACGUGGCGGCCAAGAAGCUGAGCGCGCGCGGGGAAGAGGCUGCUGGAGGUGACAGUUUCAUCCAUGAGCGGGACCUGGCCUGGCUGCAGCAGGCAGAUGUGGUGGUGGCAGAAGUGACCCAACCGUCGUUGGGGGUAGGCUAUGAGUUGGGCCGGGCCAUGGCCCUCAAUAAGCGAAUUCUGUGCCUGUUCCGUCCACAAUCUGGCCGAGUGCUUUCAGCCAUGAUCCGGGGAGCGGCAGACGGCUCGAAGUUCCAGGUGUUAGACUAUGAAGAAGGACAGGUGGAGGCCAUGCUGGAUCGAUACUUUGAGGCUGACCCUCCUCUAGCAGGCAGCUGUCACCCCUGACCCAACCGCUUGACUUAACCCUGCUCUGUUAUGUUCUAAUCCCAGACUCUGCCCUAGUGCCCUUCCUGCCUCCUAGCCCCAGUUCCAAAUUAAAAGGUAUGUUUAAAAUUCUAA